GCCCGCUCGGCGGUCGGCUGAGAGGGUCUCUGCGCUCCGUGCACGUCGGCGCAGCGGGAAGAUGGCGGCUGGGGGUCGGGCGGGCAGGGGCCGCGACAUUAGCCUGGCGGCGCUGCAGCGCCACGACCCCUACAUCAGCCGCAUCGUGGACGUGGCUAGCCAGGUGGCUCUUUACACCUUCGGCCCCCGCGCUAACGAGUGGGAGAAGACUGACGUGGAGGGAACCUUAUUUGUUUACACAAGGUCUGCCUCACCCAAGCACGGCUUCACCAUUAUGAACAGGCUGAGCAUGGAGAACAGGACAGAGCCCAUCACUAAAGACCUGGACCUGCAGCUGCAAGACCCUUUCCUCCUCUACAGAAACGCCAGGCGUGAGUUUUUCUUGAUCCAUGGUGUGCUUCUGUUCCCGCCGUGUGGCCCCGAGUUGAUGAAUGGUCAGGUGCUUGUGUUUGUUCUGACGAUCAGUGACUUUAAGGAGCAGGGUGGGGCCAGUGCUGCUUAGCUUGGGAAAUAGGUG